AUGGCACUUCGUCGUCUAGAAGCAGCUGACUUAACUCACAAAUUGGCAAACGCAACUCCAACAUUGCCAGCAUUAUCAUUCCAGAAUGAUGAGUUGGUGCUGUCGGCAAUACCUCGACCAAAGGAGUCGUCAACAUCUACAACUAUGAGUUCAGUGGACGCAAAGGGAACUGAACCAAAGAAUGUUUUCAAAGGUCUAAUAAGUCUCGCUCCGGAGAGACCUGCUGUGUCUGCCAGCACUGUUGCAGAGUCUCAAGAGGAGAAGCCUGUCAGCGAGGUAAUGAAGAAGCUUCGAGAAGCUUUGGAACGUCUGAAGGUUCGUGUAUCCGAAGGCGAUUUCGGCUACGAUGAACAAGUUGGAGUGCAUGGUGAACGUCUUAUGCCGAUGGCCACCUCAAAGACGUAA